UGCUGCUUCCUUCCACCCCUUAUGAUCUCCCUCUUUUUGUUUUUCUUCAUUUUCUUGCAUUUUUCUUCAAAACUUUCAAAACCCCAACACUCCAACUUCAAGUCUUUGUUGACAUCACGUGGGAAAUCACCUCCUAAUCUCAUUUCAUCCUUCAAAUUCUUCAAUUUGAGUCAGUUUAGUGAGAGAAAAUGAAGCUAGAGAAAGAAAGCUCCAUAAAAAUAAAAAAUGGAAUGAUGGAAAUGGGUCUCCAAUCCAUUUUUAAAUAUGGAAUCAAGUGUUUGGAAGCUUUGAUUUGUACGGUGAUGCAUGGUAGAGGUGCAAGGGAAGAAAUAUCGAACGUGGAUUCUAAUAAAUUUAACAUAAACAUUAAUGAAGUCGACAACUUACAUAAACAAGUUGAUGUUCAUUGUUUAGAAGAUCUUGUUUUUGCGUAGUGCUGGUCUUGAAGCUCCUUCAGUUUUUGUGGUUAAAUUAUCGAGGGAACUUAAGAGAAACCGGGUAUUUCAAUUAUUACGAGAAGGGAAUGAUCAUUUGGUUCGAAGAUGAUGGAGGUCAACGCUGGAUAUUCCCGUUCGAAUGAGAAACAACUGCCAGAGUGUC